CGAAGGAAAUAGGAAAGAAAAAGAAAUGAUUAUCCAAAGACGCUACUCUGUAAGCACACGCAUAUCUAUAUAGUUGCAGGUUACAGGUGGUCGCGCAUUAGAAGGGUGAUGUCAAUGCUCAAAUCAUCUUAUUCUUCGCCUAAAAAAAAAGCAAACUUCCCAUCUUUGAUGGUUCAUUAUAAGUAGAUAGAGGCUCCCACAUCCAAAAAUGGCCGCCAUAAGAGUAUCCUUUGCAACUUCAAUAUCUGCACUUCUUGUUCCUCGUCCUUCUUCUUCUUCUCCUUCUUUGUUUUUCUCCACGUUUAGGUCAACACAACGAGUUCUUAGAUUCUCUUUUGCAGUUGCCCCCUUUUGUUACCGUGUGGAUACUGGAGAAAGAGGAGCGAAGUUGAUGGCUCACUCGUUGGCUCGUGCCAAUCUUGGCCUUACUCAGCCAGCCAAUAUCGACGUGCCCAAGAUCUCUUUUGCCGCAAAAGAGAUUGACGUGGCAGAGUGGAAAGGAGAUAUAGUUGCAGUUGGUGUUACUGAGAAAGACAUGGCCAAGGAUGAGAGCGCAAAGUUUGAGAAUUCACUUCUCAAGAAACUUGAUACCCAUUUGGGUGGUCUCUUAAGUGAAGCAUCUUCUGAGGAGGAUUUCACAGGAAAAGCUGGUCAAUCCAUUGUUCUUAGACUUCCAGGUCUUGGUUCUAAAAGGGUUGGCUUGAUUGGACUUGGACCGUGUGCUUCAACCACCUUUGCUUUUCGCAACCUUGGCGAGGCUGUUGCUGCUACUGCAAAGACUGUUCAAGCCAGCAAUGUUGGUAUCGUGCUUGCUUCCACAGAUAGUAUCUCAAAUCAAUCAAAGCUUAAUACUGCUUCAGCAAUAGCAUCUGGGACUGUGCUGGGGAUUUACGAAGAUAAUAGGUAUAAAACAGAUUCUAAGAAACAAGUGCUUAAAUCUGUGGAUAUUCUUGGUCUUGGAACUGGACCUGAACUUGAGAAGAAGCUCAAAUAUGCUGAAGAUGUUUCUUCUGCUGUAAUUUUUGGAAGAGAGCUUGUGAAUUCACCUGCCAAUGUACUCACUCCUGCGGCACUGGCAGAAGAAGCUUCAAAGAUUGCUUCUGCAUCCAGCGAUGUUAUAUCUGCUACCAUAUUGACCGCAGAGCAGUGCAAAGAGUUGAAAAUGGGGGCCUAUCUGGGUGUUGCUGCAGCCUCUGCAAAUAUCCCACAUUUCAUCCAUUUGUGUUAUAAGCCUCCAAGUGGACCUGUUAAAGCCAAGUUGGCCUUAGUUGGAAAAGGAUUGACUUUUGACAGUGGUGGCUACAACAUCAAAACGGGACCUGGAUGUUCAAUUGAUCUCAUGAAGUUUGAUAUGGGAGGUUCUGCAGCAGUUUUAGGAGCAGCAAAAGCCAUUGGUCAAAUUAAACCUCCAGGAGUGGAGGUUCAUUUCAUUGUUGCAGCUUGUGAGAAUAUGAUUAGUGGAACAGGAAUGAGGCCUGGAGACAUAGUCACGGCCUCAAAUGGAAAGACCAUUGAGGUCAAUAACACUGAUGCUGAAGGCAGGCUUACACUUGCAGAUGCUUUAAUUUAUGCUUGUAACCAGGGUGUGCGAAAGAUAGUUGACCUGGCAACAUUAACCGGUGCCUGUGUCGUUGCUCUUGGGCCUUCAAUUGCAGGUGUCUUCACACCCAGUGAUGACUUGGCAAAGGAGGUAUUUUCAGCAGCAGAGGCCAGUGGAGAGAAACUUUGGAGGUUGCCAUUAGAGGAAAGUUACUGGGAGUCAAUGAAGUCAGGAGUGGCUGAUAUGGUCAACACUGGCGGUCGUCAAGGUGGUGCUAUCACGGCAGCUUUGUUUUUGAAACAGUUUAUCAAUGAGAAUGUUCAAUGGAUGCACAUUGACAUGGCUGGCCCUGUCUGGAGCGAGAAGAAGCGCUGCGCAACAGGAUUUGGCAUUUCCACUCUUGUGGAGUGGGUCUUGCAAAAUUCUUCGUAGACGCCGAAACUGGAAACAUACAAUCAGGGCCUUACCAGACAUGAAAAGGAUGAAUGGCCAAGAGGAGACUAUUAUGUUGAUUAUUAGGUGCUCUGAGAUGAGUUAUAUGAAUAAAAAAAUUGUUGGGAAAGAAAUGGAGAAGUGGUGUUUUGAGGCUUAGUUUGGUUUCAGCUUGUUUCAUAAAAUUAGGAGUUAAAUUUUCCUGUCUUUUUGAGUCUAAACUUUCUUUUUCAUUUCAAGUGGUUUGCACACAUAAUGAAAAUGCACUUUGUUGAUAGCUUA